AUGUGACUGAACUGUGGCGGUCAGGCGGCAACACCCGGAGGACUGCUGCGUCCGAGAACAGACACCGGUCUCAUGCCAACCGGCAAACUGUUAUGCCCAAUACUUAAUUAGUCCUCUCUGGCAUAAUUUUUUUCUCACACUCGGGAAAAUGCUGUGCACAAAUCAGUCCAUUUCGGCCGGUGACUUUCGGCUCGGCUUCCGGCUGCUGCUGUUUGCAGUGCUCCUGGUCUCGCCAGCAUGUGUAGCUCGACCUUCAUACAUCGAUGAGAGUGUGCAUAAAAAGUUGAUGCAGUUCGGGUAUCUGCCACAAUCCAACCUUGAGACUGGAGAGCUGCGACAUGAAGAUGAUGUGAUAAAAGGACUUAUGGAGAUGCAGAAAUUUGCUGGAAUUCCAGCCACUGGAAAGAUGGACAAGGCCACAGUAAAACUUUUGGACACUCCGAGGUGCGGACUUCCGGACAAGGAGGACCGCGGCUUCCGAAGCAAGCGGUACGUCAAGCAGGGAUCAUCUUGGAAGCAACACAAAUUGACUUGGACUUUGAAGACUCUUCCUAGAAAACGAGGCUUGGAUUCACAAGUCCACACAGUGAGACAAGAAUUGUCCUACGCUUUCAAACUGUGGCAGAAGAAUUCAAAACUAUCUUUUGAAGAGGUGCACGAAUCAGUCCAGGCUGACAUCUUGGUUGGAUUUUUUGAGACAAGGCACGGCGACAAUUAUCCUUUCGAUGGUGAGGGCCAAGUAUUGGCGCACGCUUUCUUCCCUGGACCGGGAAUCGGCGGCGACGUCCACUUUGACGAGGCGGAAAUGUGGAAUUUGUACGGUGGCCCCAAAAAUGAUAGAGCUGACAAUAGCACUAGGAAUUCAGGUGCCAGUUUCUUCUUUGUCGCUGCUCAUGAAAUCGGCCAUGCCCUUGGUUUGUCACACUCGUCGGAAAAACAGGCCCUCAUGUACCCUUGGUACGUCGGCUCAAAUGCCACCCCCAGCACUUACGAAUUGCCCUGGGACGAUAAGAUCGGCAUUCAGGAAAUAUAUGGUGUUGUGGAGAAGGACAGGUGGGGACCAAUGCCAACCCCAUCGUUUGGAAAAGAAACAACCAGAAGACCACCAGUCAUGACAACGAGAAAACCAAGCCCCGGCAAACCAACUCAGAAGCCAGAGCAUCCAGAACACCCUGUCCAGCCCAAACCUACUAAGCCGUUGAAGCCUGACACUUGUGAUACUAGCUAUGAUGCGAUUACCUACUUUAGAAAUUCAGAACUAUGGAUCUUCAAAGGAGAGUACUUCUGGAGAGUCAAAGUGAGUAAAGACAAUCAAGGUUCAGAGAAAGGCCUGGGUGUCUGGGAAGGUUAUCCCCUGCGGAUAGACUCGAGUCUUCAAAACUUUUGCCACCACACAAUUAAGCACGUCGAUGCAGUUUACACCAGACAAAGUGACGGUGCACUUGUUUUCUUCCAAGGAAAGCAGUUCAUCGUUUGUUCUGGGAGAGAAAAUUCAAGAGCCGAGGUCAGACCGUUGACUUAUUUGGGACUGAACGAAACCGUUGAAAAAGUGGACGCUGCGUUUGUCUGGGGACACAACGGCAAGACUUAUCUUUUCAGCGGAAAUUCUUACUGGAGAAUUGACGACGAUACUGGAAAAGUUGAAUUGGACUACCCGAGGGACAUGAGCAUGUGGAGCGGCGUGGGUUACAAUAUCGAUGCUGCAUUCAAAUGGAAAGACGGUCACAUUUACUUCUUCAAGGGAAAGAGUUAUUGGAAAUUCAACGAUAUGACUAUGAAAGUGGCGCAUGAAAAACCAAUGCUGUCAGCCCCGUUCUGGAUGGGUUGUCCGAGACGGUUAGAGGAGCCACUGAAUGCCAGGCAGGAACCGGUGACAGCUGCAGCUGUUUCUGUUAAGGACAAAAUGUGGUUGACUUUGGCCUUGUUGUGCCUCGUUUCGAAGUUCUCGUUCCUUCCUUGAGAAGCAGAAUCUCUCCACAUAAAAAUUGAUGUGAUAAUCUCAUCUUAAUUGAAAAUGGAUUCAAUAAUUUAGGGAAUAAGUGAUAUGUUGCAAUUUUGUUGUUAAGAUAUUUUAUAUAUAUUUCUCCAAUUUGGCCAUUUUAUUUAAUCACCCACUUAACAUUACAAGUGAUAUAUAUCUGAUUUUUUAAAUAAUUAUAUAUUAUCUGAAAAUUUAAAUUUUAAUCUGGUACUUUGUAAGUAGGUGAGGCCAACUUGAAAUUUAAGAUUGUUUAAAAAAAUCUGACAUGCAUGUUUGAUCUCACUCUGUGGAAUUUUUAUAUACUUUGAUGACUUAUGAGAGAAAGGAAAGAGCGGGACACUUCGAGACUAAAAAAUAAUCUGUGCCAGUAAAUUUAUAGUAAUUUAUGAUAUUCUAACCUAAAGCAUUAUAAUGGCAUUUAAAGUGUUGGAAAAAUAAAACAUGAUGUAAAAUUUUUUCAUGGCAAAGUGUAAUGAGCAAGACUGCCACAAAUUGAAACUACUCGACCAUACUAUGCAUAUUUCAUUUAAUUUUGGCUCAACAGUAAUAAACUUUAAUCUUUUUCAAUGAAAAUAAAUUUUGUUUUUGCGAAA